GGCCCCUCCUCUCCCGACCGUGUCGCCCCGCGUUCCGAGGGCGCCCUCCGCCGCGCUGGAGGAGGCGGGGCCAGCGAGUCCCGGUCUCUAGACGCGUCGGGAUAGGCCGAAGCUUGGGGCGCUCGCUGUGCGGUCACAGGAAGUGCUGCCGUUUCUCCCUCUCCCGGGCCGCUGUCUCCGAGGCUGGAGCGUUGCCCCGGAAGUCUACCCCCUUCCCCCGCCCGCGGCAAACAUGGCGGUAGACUCGGCGAUGGAGCUGCUAUUUUUAGAUACUUUUAAACAUCCGAGCGCUGAGCAAAGUUCUCAUAUAGAUGUGGUUCGUUUCCCAUGUGUGGUUUAUAUCAAUGAAGUCCGAGUCAUACCCCCAGGAGUAAGAGCCCAUAGCAGCCUGCCUGACAAUAGAGCAUAUGGGGAGACAUCUCCGCACACAUUUCAGUUAGACUUAUUCUUCAACAAUGUAAGCAAACCAAGUGCCCCGGUUUUCGAUAGGUUGGGAAGCCUGGAAUAUGAUGAGAAUACAUCUAUCAUCUUUAGACCCAACUCAAAGGUCAAUACUGACGGUCUGGUGCUAAGAGGCUGGUACAACUGUCUGACACUGGCGAUAUAUGGGUCAGUGGACAGAGUGAUAAGUCAUGACAGAGACUCCCCACCACCCCCGCCUCCACCCCCACCACCACCCCAGCCACAGCCGAGUUUGAAAAGGAAUCCAAAACAUGCUGAUGGUGAGAAAGAAGAUCAGUUUAAUGGAAGCCCUCCAAGACCGCAGCCAAGAGGACCGAGAACUCCUCCUGGACCCCCUCCACCUGAUGACGAUGAAGAUGAGCCUAUGCCUUUGCCAGUGUCUGGUGACAAGGAGGAGGAUGUUCCCCAUAGAGAAGAUUACUUUGAGCCCAUUUCUCCUGACCGGAAUUCUGUUCCCCAGGAAGGUCAGUAUUCUGAUGAAGGAGAAGUAGAAGAAGAACAACAAGAAGAAGGAGAAGAUGAUGAAGAUGAUGUGGACGUAGAGGAAGAAGAGGAUGAGGAUGAGGAUGACCGCCAUACAGUAGACAGUAUCCCUGAAGAGGAAGAGGAAGAUGAAGAAGAAGAAGAAGGUGAAGAGGAUGAAGAAGGUGAAGGAGAUGAUGGCUAUGAACAGAUUUCCAGUGAUGAAGAUGGAAUUGCUGACUUGGAACGUGAAACAUUUAAGUACCCAAACUUUGAUGUUGAAUACACUGCUGAAGACCUAGCUUCUGUUCCUCCCAUGACGUACGACCCAUAUGACAGGGAGCUGGUUCCACUCUUAUACUUCAGCUGUCCAUACAAAACUACUUUUGAAAUUGAAAUCAGUAGAAUGAAGGACCAAGGUCCAGAUAAAGAAAAUUCAGGGGUAAUAGAAGCCUCAGUGAAGUUAACGGAACUAUUAGAUUUGUAUCAGGAAGAUAGAGGUGCAAAGUGGGUAACAGCUUUAGAAGAAAUUCCAAGUUUAAUAAUAAAAGGAUUAAGCUAUUUGCAGUUGAAAAAUGCAGAACAAGAUGCCCUUGGCCAGUUGGUGGACUGGACAAUGCAGGCUUUGAAUUUACAAGUAGCCUUUCGCCAGCCCAUCGCUUUAAAUGUCCGACAGCUCAAAGCUGGAACCAAGUUAGUGUCCUCACUAGCAGAAUGUGGAUCUCAUGGAGUAAUGGGACUGCUACAAGCAGGAGUGAUCAAUGUGUUGUUUGAGCUCCUAUUUGCUAAUCAUGUCUCAUCUUCCCUUAAGUUAAAUGCUUUUAAAGCUUUGGACAGCGUUAUUAAUAUGACAGAAGGAAUGGAAGCUUUUUUAAGAAGUAGGCAGAGUGAAAAAAGUGGCUAUCAGAGACUUCUGGAGCUUAUACUUUUAGAUCAGACUGUGAGGGUUGUCACUUCUGGUUCAGCUAUUCUUCAAAAAUGCCAUUUCUAUGAAAUCUUGUCAGAGAUUAAAAGACUCGGUGACCAUUUAGCAGAGAAGACUUCGUCUGUACCUAACCACAGUGAACCUGAUCAUGAUACAGAUGCUGGACUUGAGAGAACAAACCCAGAAUAUGAAAACGAGGUAGAAGCUUCUAUGGACAUGGAUCUUUUGGAAUCCUCAAAUAUAAGUGAAGGGGAAAUAGAAAGGCUUAUUAACCUCCUAGAAGAAGUUUUCCAUUUAAUGGAAACUGCCCCUCAUACAAUGAUCCAACCUCCUGUUAAGUCUUUCCCAACGAUGGCACAAAUAACUGGACCUCCAGAAAGGGAUGAUCCGUACCCUGUUCUCUUUAGGUAUCUUCACAGUCAUCAUUUCUUGGAGUUGGUUACCUUGCUUCUGUCAAUUCCAGUAACCAGUGCCCACCCUGGUGUGCUGCAAGUGACGAAAGAUGUUCUGAAGUUUCUUGCACAGUCACAAAAGGGUCUCCUUUUUUUUAUGUCAGAAUAUGAAGCAACAAACUUGUUGAUCCGAGCUUUGUGUCAUCUAUAUGAUCAAGAUGAAGAGGAAGGUCUCCAGUCUGAUGGUGUUAUCGAUGAUGCAUUUGCCUUGUGGCUGCAGGACUCAACUCAGACGCUGCAGUGCAUUACAGAACUGUUCAGCCAUUUUCAGCGCUGUACGGCCAGCGAAGAAACUGACCAUUCUGACCUUUUGGGAACUCUUCACAAUCUUUAUUUGAUUACUUUUAAUCCUGUGGGAAGAUCAGCUGUUGGCCAUGUUUUCAGUCUUGACAAAAAUCUUCAGAGUCUCAUUACUCUAAUGGAGUACUAUUCCAAGGAAGCUUUAGGCGAUUCCAAGUCUAAGAAGUCAGUAGCUUAUAAUUAUGCAUGCAUACUUAUUUUGGUGGUGGUUCAGUCUUCCAGUGAUGUCCAAAUGUUAGAACAACAUGCAGCAUCUCUCUUGAAGCUUUGUAAAGCAGAUGAAAAUAAUGCUAAAUUGCAAGAACUUGGCAAAUGGCUUGAACCUCUGAAAAAUCUUCGAUUUGAAAUUAACUGCAUCCCAAACCUAAUUGAAUAUGUUAAACAGAAUAUUGAUAACUUGAUGACCCCAGAAGGAGUUGGCCUUACCACUGCCUUACGUGUUCUCUGUAAUGUGGCAUGCCCACCUCCUCCUGUUGAAGGUCAACAGAAAGACCUGAAAUGGAAUCUUGCUGUUAUUCAGCUUUUUUCUGCUGAAGGAAUGGACACCUUUAUUCGGGUUCUGCAAAAAUUGAACAGUAUUUUGACUCAGCCUUGGAGGCUCCAUGUCAACAUGGGGACUACCCUUCACAGAGUUACCACCAUUUCCAUGGCUCGCUGCACGCUCACUCUCCUAAAAACCAUGCUAAUGGAGCUCCUGAGAGGCGGAUCCUUUGAGUUUAAGGACAUGCGUGUUCCCUCAGCACUCGUCACGUUACACAUGCUCCUGUGCUCUAUCCCCCUCUCAGGUCGUUUGGAUAGUGAUGAACAGAGAAUUCAGAAUGAUAUCAUUGAUAUCUUACUGACUUUCACACAAGGAGUUAAUGAAAAACUCACAAUCUCAGAAGAGACUCUGGCCAAUAAUACUUGGUCUUUAAUGUUAAAAGAAGUACUUUCUUCCAUCUUGAAGGUUCCCGAAGGAUUUUUUUCUGGACUCAUACUCCUUUCAGAGCUGCUGCCUCUUCCUUUGCCCAUGCAAACAACUCAGGUUAUUGAGCCACAUGAUAUAUCAGUGGCACUCAACACCCGAAAAUUGUGGAGCAUGCACCUUCAUGUUCAAGCAAAGUUGCUCCAAGAAAUAGUCCGUUCUUUCUCUGGCACAACCUGCCAGCCCAUUCAGCAUAUGUUACGGCGUAUUUGUGUUCAAUUGUGUGACCUUGCUUCACCAACCGCACUUCUGAUUAUGAGAACUGUGUUGGAUUUGAUUGUAGAAGACUUGCAAAGCACUUCAGAAGAUAAAGAAAAACAAUAUACUAGCCAAACCACCAGGUUGCUUGCUCUUCUUGAUGCUCUGGCUUCACACAAAGCUUGUAAAUUAGCUAUUUUACAUCUAAUUAAUGGAACUAUUAAAGGUGAUGAAAGAUAUGCAGAGAUAUUCCAAGAUCUUUUAGCUUUGGUGCGGUCUCCUGGAGACAGUGUUAUUCGCCAGCAGUGUGUUGAAUAUAUCACAUCCAUUUUGCAGUCUCUCUGUGAUCAGGACAUUGCACUAAUUUUGCCAGCAUCUUCUGAAGGUUCUAUUUCUGAACUCGAACAACUCUCCAAUUCUCUACCGAACAAAGAAUUGAUGGCCUCUAUCUGUGAUUGUCUGUUGGCCACUUUAGCCAAUUCCGAGAGCAGUUACAACUGUUUACUGACGUGUGUUAGAACAAUGAUGUUUCUUGCAGAACAUGAUUAUGGAUUGUUUCACUUAAAAAGUUCCUUAAGGAAAAACAGUAGUGCUCUGCAUAGUUUAUUGAAACGAGUUAUCAGCACAUUUAGUAAGGACACGGGAGAACUUGCAUCUUCAUUUUUGGAAUUUAUGAGACAAAUCCUUAACUCUGAAACAAUGGGAUGUUGUGGAGAUGAUAGUGGUCUCAUGGAAGUAGAGGGAGCUCAUCCAUCACGGACGAUGAGUAUUAAUGCUGCAGAGUUAAAACAGCUUCUACAGAGCAAAGAAGAAAGUCCAGAAAAUUUGUUCCUUGAACUAGAGAAGCUUGUUUUGGAACAUUCAAAAGAUGACGACAAUCUGGAUUCUCUGUUGGACAGUGUAGUUGGCCUUAAGCAAAUGCUGGAAUCGUCAGGUGACCCUUUACCUCUCAGCGACCAGGAUGUAGAACCAGUGCUUUCUGCCCCAGAAUCUCUCCAGAAUCUGUUUAACAAUAGGACUGCAUAUGUGCUUGCUGACGUCAUGGAUGAUCAGUUGAAAUCUAUGUGGUUCACUCCAUUUCAGGCUGAAGAGAUCGAUACAGAUCUGGAUUUGGUAAAGGUUGAUUUGAUUGAACUUUCUGAAAAAUGCUGUAGUGACUUUGAUCUGCACUCAGAAUUAGAGCGCUCGUUUUUGUCAGAACCGUCAUCUCCAGGGAGAACCAAGACCACUAAAGGAUUUAAACUUGGGAAACACAAGCAUGAGACCUUCAUAACUUCAAGUGGAAAAUCUGAAUACAUUGAACCUGCCAAACGUGCUCAUGUUGUGCCACCACCAAGAGGAAGGGGCAGGGGAGGAUUUGGACAGGGCAUACGACCCCAUGAUAUUUUUCGUCAGAGAAAACAGAACACAAGUAGACCACCUUCUAUGCAUGUGGAUGACUUUGUUGCAGCUGAAAGUAAAGAAGUGGUCCCCCAAGAUGGAAUACCUCCACCAAAACGGCCACUCAAAGUAUCACAGAAGAUUUCUUCUCGCGGUGGAUUUUCAGGCAACCGAGGAGGACGAGGUGCUUUUCACAGUCAGAAUAGGUUUUUUACCCCACCUGCUUCAAAAGUUUUGGUACCCGGAAUUGAACUGAGGACCUUGAGCUUUCCAGGGAACUACAGUCGUCGGGAGGGAACAAGAGGCUCCAGCUGGAGUGCCCAGAAUACUCCUCGAGGCAACUACAAUGAGAGUCGCGGCGGCCAGAGCAACUUCAACAGGGGCCCUCUGCCCCCGCUGCGGCCACUCAGCUCUGCAGGCUAUCGGCCAAGUCCUCGGGACCGAGCUUCUCGAGGUCGUGGGGGACUCGGGCCUUCCUGGGCCAGCGCCAAUAGUGGCAGCGGAGGCUCCCGAGGAAAGUUCGUUAGUGGAGGCAGUGGCCGAGGUCGUCACGUCCGGUCCUUCACACGAUAAACGCUCUUGGGGACAUCCUAAGUGUAUACAGACAUUUCAUGAGGAAAUAAAAAUACAACAUCGAAGGACCAAUUUAGACUUAGCUAUUAUCUGGGGACAUCUGAGAGAAUAUUUUUAUCUGAAGAAAGCAGAUUUUGUUUGAUACCUAACAUGAGAUUUCAAUAAAAAUCCAAACUUUGUAUGUA